AUGUCAGAUGCCAACCCAUUCGGUGCUUUGAACGAAGCAGAGGAUACAUACGAUACAUCUCAAGAAGGACAGCAAAAAGAUGCCAGUUUUUUCGAAAUCAAGAGUCUUGUGCCCGAUGUCAAGAUCAAACUACCAGACGCUCAAGUAGCUCAAACCAAAAACCACAUAUCUUUAUUAGCAUGUUCAAGUAGUUAUGGUUACUUUAUUGCUGCCACUGCAAAUGGCUUUUGUCUUGGACACAGCCAAAAGAUGAGAGAAAUCAUCUAUCAGACACAAAAGGGGAAAAUCGCUGAAUUGGAUAAUACCAUUCAAGUAGUUGUGAGUCAAGGCAAAGUCAACCAUGUCAGUUUAUCAGCAGAUCAACUCCAAUUGUUUGUCGCUGUGCUCGGUGGUACACUCCUGACAUAUAACGUCCAUGAUAUCGUUCAGCAGAAAGAAGCUGCUACACCAUCACACACUUACAGCGUAGGCUGUGAAAUCGUUAGUCUCCAGCCUAACCCAGAAGCAUACCCUGACAUUAUUGCCAUUCUCACCAACGACAACCGUUGCGAACUGAUCCAGAACAAUGAUGUGAUUGCCAUCAUGCACAACGCCCACAGUAUUUGCUGGUCACCCAAAGGAAAGCAGAUUGCAUGUGGAUCAUCCGCUGGAUCCAUCAUGACAUACGACAUUGAAGGCAACCAAAAGGACGAGGUGCCACCACCCGAGGCUUUAGAAAAUGACCCACAAUCCGAGCGCAUUGUGGACACGCUUGUUUGGAUUGAAAACCAUGUAUUUUUCGUCUUUUAUUCCCACAAAGUGGAUGAAGAGUACAAUCACAGACCUUACAUUGUGAAUCGCAAGAAGCAGACGCAGGAGGAAAAGUAUGUGUUGAUGGACGAAGUGCUUCCCGUGUUGGCUAUGGAAUGUCCAAAGGAAUACUUUUACACAGCAGUUGUGCGCAACAUUGGGCCAGAUGCAAAGACAGUGAUCAUUAUUACGAAUGCUGCUGCAAACGAGUUGAAUGUAGUCGGACAAGGAGAUGAUGAUCAGUGGGCCACUUGGAUAUUGGAGAAUUCACCCAGCUUACCGCUGUCUACGGAUGAUGUGGAGGAUACGUACCCUGUUGGUUUGGCUGUUGAUUAUUCUGCUUCAGAGCCUCUACCUCCUUUCGAUCCUGCUGAAAAUGAUACACCGGUCCCGCCCAUGCCUGUGCUUUACAUUAUGACUACAGAUGGACUCUUGCUCUCGUACCAUAUCUACAACACAGCCUUAGCAGAGUCUGGUGCCAAAUAUGACAAGAUGAUAGAAGCCAUGGAUUUCAACACCAUUCCAAUGCCUCAAAAGUCGACCAGUGUCACUACAGCACCUGCUACCAAGAGCGACAACAAGCUGCCUAAUGCCUUUGCUCUUGCCAAUGACACUGGCGCUGCUCCCUCCUUUGGCUUCAACGCAGCUGGUAGUGCACCCAAGUUUGCUUCCUUGGCUAGAUCGUCUUCCACCGAAACGAAAUUACCACAGCCUGUCUCUGCUUUUGGAAGCACCAGUACCUUUGGCCAAUCCUCUGGCUUUGGGCAACCUGCAUUUGGAUCAACUACGGCAUUUGGAUCCUCUUCUUUCGGUUCUGCAGCCCCACAAAUGGGUCAAAAUACAGGCAACACUCCAUCGUUUGGAGGUUUCAAGAAUAUGGUGAAGCAACCAAAGAAAGCAAGCACUACCACCUCAUUUGCUCCCUCCACAUUGGCGUCUGAAACAAGCACUGUAGCUGAAAAAGCAUCCUCAACCGGUGAUGAGGAACAUUUACAGUCUACGUCAACAUUUGGCCAACCCUCAGCUUUUGGACAGCCUUCAGUCUUUGGACAGCCCUCAAAAUUUGGACAAUCUUCAACAUUUGGUCAACCUUCUCUCUCUGGCCAAAACCUAUUUGGUGCCAAAUCAUUCACCUCACCGAGCACAUUUACAUCAAAGUCAACCACAACCAAGGAUACUGAGGAUGAGUCUGCUAAAGGGGCAAAGCAAAUAGAAGAGCCAUCAGAGAAGUCAUCAGAGAAGCCCCCUCAAGAUGAGACACCCCUGCCAACCACAGGUACCACUGAUGCAGUUCCAUCACAAAACAACACUCUGGCAAAGCCUAUUGAGGAGAAGGAGCCUGAAGCACCUACAGAUGCUUUAUCACACAAAGAAAAAGAAGAAGAGACUACUACAACUAACAACAAGGAUGAACAAGAUGCUGUUGCUCCCAUUGUACAAUUAGCAUCUGAUAUGGGCGACCAACAGGCUCCUCUCUCUCCUACCACCAGCGACGACAAAGAAAAAGAUGAUCAAGACAAGGACAACGAAGAUGGAGGAUGCAGCAUGUCAUUUGAACAAGUUCAAAGAGCAUUAGACAAUGAUGAUGUGGAUGUCAAGAGUGGCAGUGAUUUCACAAAGUCUGACAGUAAUCAAGACAAUGAGGACGGCUAUCAGAACGAUGUCAAUUCUGAGGAUGACUACUUUGACGAGCAGGAUCAAACCGGGUCAGAGCAAGAAAGCAACGAGGAUGACGAGGAAGCGAAGGAGGCCCAGAAACGUGCUAUUACUGAAGAAGAGCGCCAAGCCGAGAAGGAGCGCCGUGCUAAAGAAGAGCGCCUUGCAGAAGAGAAGCGUAUUGAGGAGGAGAAGCGUGCCGCUGACGAGAAGCGCGCUGCAGAAGACAAACGUUUGGCAGAAGAAAAGAGAUUAGAGGAAGUGCGCCUUGCUGAAGCCAAAAGAAUCGAAGAUGAGCGUAUUGCUAGAGCCAAAAGAUUAGAAGAAGAACGCGUCGCCGAGGAAAAGAGAUUAAAAGAGGAGCGCAUCGCUGAAGAGGAGCGCUUGGAAGCCGAGAGAAUCGCUGCUGUCAAGCCUGAUAUCAAGUUUUUCCGUCCACAAAGAUUAGAGCAAACUGCUCAGCCUCAUACAAGAAGCAAGAAUUUGACGCCCAUGGCAGCAGAGUUUGAAGAGUUGUACUUUAGCACGCUUGAAGACAUGGACAAUACAUCCUUGCUCUUGCAAAAUAUCCAAGAAGAUCUGUACAUACGAAACAACGAUCUGUUCAAUCCAAAGACUGCAGAUGCCUUUGAAGAUUACGAUUGCGAGUGGAAGAUGGCAGACAAUGAUUCAAUGCUCAACAUCAUCCAAGACUUGAACAGUCGAGCCAAGUCAGCUGAAAUGGAUGCUAAAUACACCAAAGAAUCGACAAUCAGAAUCUCACGUGCAACUGAACAAAUGAAAGAUGACCGAAAUCUCAUUGGCGAUUAUAUCAAUAGCAAUGAUUUCGAGAAGCCUUUGGAGAGUCCAAACAUGGUGAAUGAAUUGCAAGAUAAGCAAGACUAUCUGCAGACCAAGGAUGAAGAGAUCAAGGCAUUAUUCGACACAUUGGAUUCCAAGCUUGCUCAAAUGAAGAAGGCUCAGUCUGCUUCAAAGCUACCAUCUAGAUUCAGCAGCAUGAAAAAGUUUGAACUGGAAAAGAUCAUUCGUGAUACUCGUAGAGGCAUCAGCGCUUCCGAUGAUAGAAUCUUUGACUUGGCUUCUCAGGAACUCAAGUUCAGAAACGCAAAGAAGCAUCAAGAUUAA